UCUGUGUUGUUGUUUCUCUUCUUCUUCAGUCAGUGGAAGCUAUGAUGGAUUGCUAGAAGAGAAUACGCACGAAACCACGCUUGAGAAGCCAUGAGAAUGUCAUCAGCUUCCGCCGGGGAAUACCGGCCUGCCGCCGUGAGUCUCAGCAGUAGCGGAGGUGGUCAACGAGAUGCUGAGUCUCUGUUUCGCACGAAACCAAUGUCGGAGAUUCGAAAUGUGGAGUCGGCGACUAGGAAGAACAUCGAGGAUAAGAAAGAGGAGCUUCGGCAACUCGUGGGGACUAGGUACCGUGAUCUAAUCGACUCAGCUGACUCAAUUGUUCACAUGAAGUCGCUCUGUGAGUCGAUCUCAGCCAAUAUCUCUUCGAUCCACGGUAACAUUCGAUCGCUUUCUUCUUCUUCUGUAGCGGAAACUCCUAAGCUUGCUAGCCUUAACCCAGUACGAGUCAAUGUCUAUGGGAUCGCUUGUCGUGUUAAGUAUUUGGUGGAUACGCCGGAGAAUAUAUGGGGAUGCCUUGACGAGUCGAUGUUUCUUGAGGCUGCGGGGAGGUACAUGCGUGCUCAGCAUGUGCAGCAGAGACUGAUCAAGUUGGAGGGAUGUGGCGGUGGUGGUGCAGCUGAGGUGGAUCAGAGUAAGCUGUUGGCGAAUUUUCCACUUUUGGAGCACCAAUGGCAGAUAGUUGAGAGUUUCAAGGCUCAGAUUUCGCAGAGGAGCCAUGAGCGGCUUCUGGAUCCGGGUUUAGGACUGGGAGCUUACGUGGACGCCUUAACUGCGGUCUCGGUGGUUGAUGAGCUUGAUCCAGAGCAAGUGCUUGAGUUGUUUCUAGACUCGAGGAAGACUUGGAUUCUGCAAAAGUUGAAUGCUUGUACUGGUGAGGAUGCCGGUGAGGUCGUUUCGGUGUUUUGUGAUGUGUUAAGUGUGAUUCAGGUUACAGUGGGACAAGUUGGGGAACUCUUCUUGCAAGCCUUGACUGAUAUGCCUCUAUUUUAUAAAACAAUCUUGAGUACCCCUCCAGCUUCUCAACUGUUUGGUGGAAUUCCGAAUCCAGAGGAGGAGGUUGGGUUGUGGAAAUCCUUCAGAGAUAAGCUGGAAUCCGUCAUGGUCAUCCUUGAUAAAAAUGACGUUUCUAAGGCUUGUCUGACUUGGUUGAGGGCAUGCGGUGGACAGAUUGUCGGUAAGGUUAGUGGGAAGCAUUUGAUUGAAGCUAUAGUUACUGGCUCGGAGCUUGGAUCAGCAGAAAAGUUGAUAAGGGAGACCAUGGAUAGCAAAGAUGUCUUGAGGGGUAGUUUGGAUUGGCUUAAAAGUGUUUUCGGGUCCGAGGUAGAGCUGCCUUGGAAUAGAAUCCGAGAGCUUGUUCUUGGGGAUGAUUUGAACCUAUGGGAUGAAAUAUUUGAGAAGGCCUUUGUGGAAAGAAUGAAAUCUAUUAUUGACUCCAGAUUUGAGGAUUUGGCUAAAGCUGUCAAUGUAGCAGAUUCGGUACAUGCUUAUAGCGAGAUUACUGGUGAGAAAAUCAACUUCCAAGCUUACUUAAACAGACCUUCUACAGGUGGUGGUGUCUGGUUCAUUGAGCCUAAUGCAAAGAAAGUUGGUCUUAUUUCCGGAAAUAAAUCAUCACCUGAAGAAAGCGACUUCCAAAGUUGUCUAACUGCGUACUUUGGUCCCGAAGUUAGCCAAAUGAGAGAUGCAGUUGAUAGGCGCUGCCAGAGUGUUUUGGAAGACCUCCUAAGCUUCUUCGAGUCAGAAAAGGCAGGUCCAAGGUUAAAGGAUCUUGCCCCAUACGUGCAGAAUAAGUGUUACGACAGUGUAUCAGCACUUCUUGCAGAUAUAGAUAAAGAACUUGAAUUUCUCUGUGCUGCCGUGAAGAAAGAGAACAAGGACAGUGAAGCAAUUCCACCUGCUAUAAUAAUUGAGAAAUCACUUUUUAUGGGACGCCUUUUGUUUGCAUUGCUGAACCACUCAAAACAUGUUCCUGUAAUUCUCGGUUCUCCAAGAUUGUGGUGUAGAGAAACUAUGACUGCAGUUUCUGAUAAGUUGUCAUCCUUGUUGAGGCAACCAAGAUUUGGCUCGAAUACUGCAGUCACUGCUGACAGCCCUGGAAAGCAAUUGCAUACUGAUCUUAGAAAGCAAACUUCAUUAGCUGUUGCUGCACUACUGGGAGCGGAAGAGAAGACAAGUCCAAAAUUUGAAGAGCUUAAUAGAACUAUGCGAGAUCUGUGCAUCAAGGCUCAUACAUUGUGGAUACAGUGGUUAUCUGAUGAGCUUUCAGCUAUUCUCUUGCGUGAUCUUAGGAGUGAUGAUGGAUUAUCUGCUACAAAUCCUUUAAGGGGAUGGGAAGAGACAAUAGUGAAGCAAGAGCAGGACGAGAGUCAAUCUGAGUUGAAGAUAUCACUUCCAUCCUUGCCUUCGCUCUAUAUGAUUUCAUUUCUCUGUCGGGCAUCAGAAGAAAUUCAUCGAAUUGGAGGUCACGUACUGGAUAAGUCAAUUUUGCAAAAAUUUGCUUCAAGCCUGUUGGAGAAGAUCACCGUUAUUUAUGAGGAUUUCUUAUCUGCCAGGGAGGCCAACGAACCCCAAAUUUCAGAGAAAGGAGUUUUACAAAUUUUGCUAGAUUUGAGAUUUGCAUCUGACGUUCUUUCUGGGGGUGAUACAAGCACCAAUGUGGAAACACCAAAGAGCACAAUGAAUAGAUCGGCUUACAGGCGAAAGCAGGACCAACAGAAAACAAAGUUAGUUAGUAGAGGUCGCAUUGAUGGAGUGACCUCCCAACUAACCCAAAAGUUGGAUCCCAUAGACUGGCUCACGUACGAGCCUUAUCUUUGGGAGAACGAAAAGCAGUCAUACCUACGCCAUGCUGUACUCUUUGGUUUCUUUGUGCAACUAAACCGAAUGUACACAGAUACUGCGCAGAAACUAUCAACUAAUUCAGAAUCAAACAUCAUGCCAUGUUCCACAGUUCCUCGCUUCAAAUACCUUCCCAUAAGCGCUCCAGCUCUGUCUUCUAGAAGUACAAAUAAGGUCUCUAUUCCAGUUACAUCAAAUGGUGCUUUGUCAAGAAACUCAUGGAAUGCAUUUACGAACGAGCAAUCUCAAACAAGUGAUUUGGAAGAAAAUUCCAAUUUCGGCGUGGCUUUCAAGUCUUUCAUGCAGGAAAGCACAUUGAAACUGGGAUCAAUAUUAACUGAUGGACAAGUGGGAAUAUUCAAGGACAGAUCAGCAGCCGCUAUGUCAACAUUUGGCGAUAUACUACCGGCUCAAGCUGCCGGUUUACUCUCUUCUUUCACAAACACCAGGUCCGAGUGAUGAUGAUCACCAGUUUUGAGACUAAACUGUCAUUUUCAAC